AUGGUGGUUACUUGUUGUUUUUUGGGGGUUUUUUGUUUUGUUUUCUUCUUCUUCUUCUUCUUCUUCUUCUUCUUCUUCUUCUUCUUCUUCUUCUUUUAUCUAUCUACCUAUGACUUUUCCUUCCUUCCUUCCUUCCUUCCUUCCUUCCUAUCUAUCUAUCUAAGAUUUUUUUCUUCCUAUCUAUCUAUCUAUCUAUCUAUCAUAUCUCUCUUAAAAAUUUUUCUGCGAGAAAUACCUUGCAUUGUAAAGGAACGUUUCACCAAAGCUUAUCGACAUGAAUGUUUGGAUCGAAGUUUGACUCAACAACGGCUGAAGUCGGAAGCGCGUGCAAUGUUGCGAUGUAGAAUGAAAGGAAUUUGUACACCAGCAGUGUUUUUGACAGAUUUGGACCAUGGGACUAUCAUUAUGGAAAAGAUUGAAAAUUCAGUGUUGUUCUGUUUAUAUUUGGUGCUGUUUCAUUUACCCAAUUGUGCAUCCGCGUCCAGAUUGGUUCGACUUGGCGGAGAGACACUUAGCGAAAACCCACGUGGCUUCCUUGAGAUCAAAUUCACAGCGUGGGCAAGGGACUUCACUGUGGGUGGAGUCGAUUCAGAGACCGGCUUCUAG